AUGAAGAAAUCAACUAAUGGAGUCUUUUCUGCUGGCGGUCCGUGCUUGGAAUUCUUACCUCGUUCGUUGUCUCUAAUGGAAACUAUGUGGGCUUGCAAGUCUUGGAGCACAACAAAUCCAUACUGGAUGGAUCAUGCAAUUAAAGGAGGGUAUUUUUGUAAUCCCAUCCCCAAGAUAUUUCUAAUUAGUGGCUCCCCGAAAAAGAGAUCAUUUCGGGUGUUUGUAGCAGAGGGAGCUCCAAGGUAUCAGGGACAUCUUCUUGCAAAAGAUUUGGUCACAAGAGGUUUACAAACUACACUAAUUACUGAUUCUGCAGUUUUUGCCAUGAUUUCCCGUGUGAACAUGGUUAUACUUGGAGCACAUGCUGUCAUGGCCAAUGGUGGGGUUAUAGCACCUGUUGGGUUGAAUAUGGUUGCAGUUGCAGCUCAAAGGCAUGCUGUCCCUUUUGUUGUACUUGCUGCUAGUCAAGCAGCCUUAAUCUAUGGAAUGACUAAAAUUCUUUGCUGCAUGGAGUCUGAAUGAUUCCAAAACAAGGACUAUUUGAAAUUAACCCAAAUUUCCUCUUUCGGGUUAAUAUGCACUUCGCUAAUCAACCUGAAGUUGUGCCCUCUGUAUCCACACAAUCCUGAGGUCUUACUGAAUGAGCUGAGAUUUUGGAGAAUUCUCAGAUUGCAUGGAUUUUGGAACUGGCAGUGCUUCCCUCUUCUUCAUGUGGUCAAUCCAAC